AUGUUUAAUAUAUAUUUGAUUUUGUACAUAUUCCUUCAUUUAGGGUAUUCUGGUACCAUCACAGCUAUUCAUUUUUUUAAGGCAUUCCAAAAAAACAGCGUAAUUGAAGUAACAACUCUUAAAUUGAACACAGAAUAUUUAAUCAAAUUUGAUUUUGAAUUUGCAUCUAGUCAUGAUCCAAGCACUGAUUAUUUUAAAAUACAAGUAUAGGGAUUUUAAUCAAUGAAAUUUGGAUCUUCUUCAGGAUAAUUUACAAAUCCUUCUGCAGAUGGAUUGUAGUAUCUUCAAUUUAACGUCGAUACAAAUAUAAUAGCUACCCCAUUUGUAAUAUUUUAAGCUACUACUGGUGCAUCAAUUGUGGAACAUACUUGUAAAGCUAACAGUUUUGUAGGCUCUACAAAAGCCAUAAUUGACUAGAGUGAUAUAAAAACCUUUACAAUAAUAGGUGGAACAAUAACUAUUGAUUCAAUUAGUCUAUCAAAUAGGAUUUUCAAUUAGAAAUAGUUUUAUAUCUUCAAACUUAUUUUUGAAAAUUCAUUAUCAGAAGGUACAACCUAAUCCUUAACUUUUACAAAACCUUCAAGUUUAAAAGCUGACCCAAUUAUUGAAUGUUCAGGAAAUCCAUCAAUUAGUAUUGAAUGUUCUUAUGAUGAAUCAAAAGAAUUAAUAACAAUAAUUAAAUUAGAUACUACAAAAAUAUAAACAAUAUCUCUAAAAUUAACAAACCCUUUGGAUCCAAUUAAAAGUGUUGUUUUUGAUAAUUUUAAAACAUAAAUUGAUAAUGUUUAAGUUGACUCAAAUGUUAAUUCCUUAACAGUAACUGGGUUCAAUGAUGGAAUACUUACAGAUUUAAUAAUUGAUAGUGGAUCUUAUAAGGUAGGUUAAAGUAGUGUAUUUAUAAAAUAUACAUUUACUAAUUUAAAUGAGAUAUUCACUGAUUCUAAUAUUGAAUUAACAUUACCUAAUGAUAUUGAAUGGGAUACAUCAUCUAAAUCUUGUUCUUUAAAUUUUGCAAGUGUAACAGAAUGUAAAUAUGAAUAAAGUAUAAUUUCUAAUAAAAUAAUUACAGUAACUAUAACUACAUCUACAUCAAUACCUAGUGGAACAUCAUUAAUUUUAAUAAUUAACUCAAUAAAAACUCCAUAUACAUUCAAACCUGUAACUGGAUUUUCAUUUAAAAUAAUUAAAGAUUCUAUAGAAUAUGAUAAGAUGAUAGAUUUUGGAAGUUUAACAAUGACACAAUAAAGUGGAAUUACUUUAACAACUUUUAGUAGAUCAGUAAAUGAGAAUGGUGCUCAAUCAACAUAUACUUUUGAAACUAAAUUUGAUACUUUUUAGCCUAAAGGGACUAGAAUAACUUUUACUCUAUUAGGAUAUUAGUUAAAUAAGGUGGAUAAAGUUGAGUUUUCUAAUUUAAUUCCUUAUACUUCUACGAAUUUAUAAGUUAUUUAAUCAGCAUAUACAAUAACAAUAGAAUUUACAGAAGAUAUAAAUAGUAAUUAAAAUUAUGUUACAAAAAUAUUUAAUAUAUUGAAUUCAGAUAUUAUUGGUACAAUUACAGCAGAAACUAUUAAAGACACUUUUAAGAUUUCAAAUACAAAUUAAGGCAGUAGUAUUACAAUUCCAAGUGCUAUUCCAAAUGAGAUUACUAUUUCAUCUAUGGAUUAUGAGAAAAAAUAAUUAGGAGUUGUAGAUACAUAUAAAUUUAGCAUUAUAUUAUUUAAUUUACCACCUGCUGGAUCUACAAUUAUUGUAACUAUGCCAGAAAAAUUCUCUGCUGAGAAAACAGAUUGUUUAACAGCAGUUGAUAAUAUUUAAGGAUUUUCAGUUGAUUCAUGUUUAGUUAAUAAUUAGGAAAUUAAAAUAAAAGUAAAAAAUGAUGUUUCUUAAAAAAAUAUAUAAUUUAGAUUAAAUAAUUUAAUUAGGAAUCCAAAAAGUGAUUCUACUAAUUAUUAUUUUAAAAUAAGAACACAAAGAGAUACAAGUAUAAUAGAUUAAUCAAAAAUUUCAGAUUCAUUAUUAUAAUUUAAAUUAAAUUGUAUUCCUACUUCUUCAUUAUUUUGUAAAGAAUGUGAUAAUUUAAGUAAUUGUUUAUCUUGUUAUACUGAUAUUUCAAUAACAACUAAUAUUUAUUUAUUAAAUAGUAAAUGUAUAAGUGCUUGUGGAUAAAAGUAUUAUAGUGAUUCUACUAAUAAUUGUAAAAGUUGUCCAGAUACUUGUUUAGAAUGUACUAGUAAUAUAUUAUGUCAAAGUUGUAUUGAUGAUACAAUUUAUGAAAUUAAGAAUGGAAAAUGUGUUAAAAAAUGUACUGAAAAAUAAUUUGAUUUCAAUGGUAUAUGUACAAAUUGUAAUGAGAAUUGCAAUACUUGUAUUGAUUAAAGUACUAAAUGUACAUCAUGUGGAGUUACCAAUAAUUUACUUUAUUAAAAUAAAUGUGUUUCUUAAUGUCCAACAGGAAUAUUUUAAAUUGGAUUUUCUUGUAUUGCAUGUACAUCACCUUGUAAAACAUGUGAUACUGGUCCAAAUGUAUGCCUUACUUGUGUUACUAAUUAUUAUUAUAAAAAGACAUCAUAAAGUUGUGUAAGUGAUUGUGGUAAUAGAUAUUACAAAGAUGGAAUUGAAUGUACUUAAUGUUCUGAUCCAUGCAAUAAUUGUUCUAGUAGUACUAUCUGUAUUGAUUGUUUGACAGGAUAUUACUUUUUCAAUAAUAGUUGUAUUUCAUCAAUACCAAAUGGUUAUUAUUUAUCGGGUACUUUCUUAAGUAAAUGUACAGAUAUAUGUGGAAAUUGCAUUUCAGAAACUGAAUGUACUUCAUGUCCAACAAAUAAAUAUUUGUUAUCAAAAUAAUGUAUAGAUAAAUGUCCUGAUAAAUAUUAUUCAUAAAAUUUUGUAUGUUAUCCUUGUGACACAACUUGUUUAUAAUGUUCAUCAAAUAUAAUAUGUACUUAAUGUCCAGAUAAUUAAUAACAUUUAACAGGUAAAUGUUAUUAAAAUUGUCCUAAUAAAUAUUACUCCUAAGAAUAAUAAUGUUUAUAAUGUUAAUCAUCUUGUGCUACUUGUAUUGAUGGUUUAGAAUGUAAAACAUGUCCAAUUAGUUCACCAUAUAUGUCUAAUAACUUAUGUGUUUCAUCUUGCUUAAUUAAUUAUUAUAUAAAAGAAUUUGUAUGUAUCAAAUGUGGAAAUGAAUGUAAUACUUGUGAUGAAAAAGGAUGUCUAACUUGCAUUGAGAAUUACAAAUAUCUAGAUUAGACUUGUGUAACUAAAUGUCCUAGUGGAUAUUAAGAUGUAAAUUAUAAUAUUUAUUAUAAAUCAGUUGAAUAAUAUAGGAAAAUGUGAGAAAGUGACUGUUUCAGAAGAACAAUUAAUAUCUAAUUUGUAAGAGAAUAAAUAUAUACCUGUACCAUUUACAAUAGUCUCUUUAAUUAUGAUUUUGAGUGUUGUAGUUGCUAAGAUGUAAAAAUCUGAGGUAAAAUAUUAUAAAAUAAAUAGACAUUUAUUCCAGGAUCAGUAGUUGGUUUAUUGGGUUUAAUAAUUAUAGGAUCAUGGGCAGUAUUAAUUAUUUUAUAAUUGGAUUACAUUUUGGAAAAAAUAGAAGUAUAUCUAUUAAUGAGUUCAAUUGGAGUUCAUAUCAUAUUGAAUCUAAUUAAUCUAUGUGUUAUUAAACAUAGUAUUAAAGGUGAUAUUGCUUUUAAUUAAUGGUAUACAGAAAGGAAAUCUAAUUCAUGUGCUUAUAUCUUUUUAAAUAUAUUGUCAAUUAUAAGUUUCUCUAUGACAAGAUUUUAUUUUUCUAGAUAUUUUGGAUUUAGAUUCUUAAAAUGCAAAUUAUAAGAUGUUGAAAAUAUGGUUGGUAUGAAUAUUAUUAAUGGACUUUGUGCAUUUGUAACAUUAUUAUAUUUAUUCAUUUUAGUUUUGUUGUAUUCCAGCUUUAGUAGCUAGUGUAACACAUUCACUUUAAGUAAUUCCUGAUUUUUUUUAAACACAAAGAUCAAAGAAAAAAUUCUCUUUUGAAGAUUCAAUAAAUGGCUAAAAACUUAAUCAAAAUGAAUUAUAUUAGGAACCAUCUAUACCUAAAAUUGAUGAAUCUAUUGAAUAUAAGGAUUCUAGUUCUUUUAAAUAGCCUUAUCAAUAAAUAGUACAAAAGAAUUCAAAAAUGAUCUUUAAAUAAGAAAUUUAAAAUCCAAAAUAAGAAAUUUUUAAUAGAUCUCAAGAAGAGAUGAUAAUACAAAUACAUAGUAAUGAUGUUUCUGAACCUUUAUCAAUAGGAGAAUCAUAAAGAGAAAUUUAAGAUAUGAAAUAGAAAUAAAUAUAUGAAUAAUAAUAAUAAUAAUUAUAAUAAUAGAAAAUAUUAGAAGAAUAAUUAAAAAUAGAACUUGAAAAAGCAUAAUAAUUAUAAAGAUAAUUAGAAGAAUAGAAUUAAAUUCAGGAAUAAAAGAGAAUUGAAGAAUAAUUAAGAUAAGAAGAAUUAAAGAAAUUAGAAUUAGAAAAAUUGGAAGAACUUAAAAAAAUAGAAGAAGAAAUCAAAUAAUAAGAAUUAGAAAGAAUUAGAAGAGAAAAAUAAUUAGAAGAAUAAUAAAAAUAAUAUGAAUUAUUAAUUUAGUAAUAGUAAGAAACUUAAAGAUUAGAAAAAUUAAAAGAAGAAGAAAGGAAAAUAGCUGAUUUAAAGAGAAUUGAAGAAUAAUAAUAGGCUGAGUAAAUAAGAUUAGAAGAAUUAAGAAUAAAAGAAAAAGAAGAAGAAAAUAGAAGAAUUUAAGAAGAAUAGAAAAAAAUAUAAGAUGAAUUAGAAUUAAAAAAAAAAGAAGAUGAAAUUAAAUAAUUAUUAGAAGAACAAAGAUUAUAAGAACUUAAAGAAUAGGAAAUACUUUAAUCUAAGUUAAAUAAUGUAAUUUUAGUAGAUUAAGAUGAUGAUGAUGUUGGAUGGAAUAUAGAAGAUGAAGAAAAUCAUUAAUAUGGUUUUGAUUAAAAUUAUUAAAAAUAAUUACAAAAAGAAAUUAUUUAAGAUGAUAACAAUGAUGUUGAAGAUGAUUGGGAUGCUCCAACUUCUGGAUUUGUAAGUAUACAACCAAAAUUUCAAUUAAAAAAAGAAAAAUAAAUUGAAGAACCUUAAAAUCCUUUUAAAGGGGAUAUUUAAAAAAAUCCAGCUUAAUCAGAUUCAUUUAAAUAAUCAAAAGAUGAUUUAGAUGAUGAUGAAGAUUGGGCUCUUAAUUAAUUAUCUCCAUCUGAAUUCAAUAAUCUUAAUUAAAGAUACAAUAAUGAAGAUAAUCAACAUUCAGUCACUUAAGUUUAAAGAUCUUAAAUGUUCUCAACAACUGAUAAAAAUUUUACAUCUCUUGCCAAAAGACCAACAUAACCUGAACCUUAUACAAUUAGUGAUAAUGAAUCAAUCAAUUAAUAUGAAUAGUUUUCUAUAAAUAAAUAUAAUCAAGUACCUAAAAAAUAAAAUUAGAAAUUAAAUAAAAGGAUGUAGUUAUAAAGAUAAAAGAUUAAAAAAAGAGGUAAAAAUAAUAUUUCAAUUAAUGACAUUCAAUUUUGA